AUGGGCAGCACCCUCGAGAUCCCCUACUGGCAAACCAACAUCCCCAUCUCCCAACGCACAGAAACCUGCCCCCCCUACCUAGCAAACCUAAACCCAAAAGACAUCUCCAUCCUCAGCACGCCCGACGCCUCCUACCACAUCCUGUCCUGGCCCGAAGUACGCGCCAUCAUCGCCGCCAACCGCCUCGAUGUCUUCCAGCGCAUGCCCUCCGAGCUACGCCGCUAUCUGCACUACAUAUUCAACCUCAAGCGCGACUAUAGCAGCGUUAUGAACUUCGUACUCUCGCAGCGCCUGCACUGGACUGAACCUGUAGAGGCUGUGGGAAGUAGACCGUUUGAGGAAGAGGCGGAUGUGAAGGUGCUAUGUAAUGAUUGGCCGUAUGGGAUUGAUGGCCGCAUUGUGCAUUUGGUGGUCUGGACUAAGUUUGUGCUGGAGGAUGAUGAGGCGACGGGGGGAUUUGACGGAGGAGGCGAGGGGGUCAUCUGGUUUAAGAAUUGGAAGACGUUGAAGAGCGUUCAUGCGGUGGAGCAUUUCCAUGUCAUGUUGUUUGAUCCGGAUCCGGAGUUUGUGAAGGAGGUUACGAAUGGGGAUGUGCCGCUCAGCCAGAAGGUUGAGACGCAGGCGGUUGGGAGCGAGUGA